AUGGCGACUCCUAUGAAUAGCAAUCUUGUAUAUCGUCUAAAAACCCAAUUUUCACAACUUUUAGAUGAUGUUAAUGCGCUUAAGAAUGGUAAUUCAGAAAUUUAUCAAAGAUAUUUUCAAAAUAUUAUUCAAGCUCAACAAGAUAAGUCAGAGAAAUUACAAAAAUGGCAUGAAAAUGAAAUAGAAGCUGCACAUAGAGAAUGUGAAUGCGAUAAAUAUGCAGCAGAUUGCGAUGAAAAAGAACAAAUCGUUGAAAAAUCAAGAAGAAUCGCAGAUUACAUCUAUUAUAAAGCAGACAAAAUUACAAAUGAGUUUCCAGAAGCUGCAGCUUAUUUCCAAUCACAAGGAUACCAUUUUGAUUUUGAUAAAGUAAAAAAGCAAAAAACAAAUACAUCAACUCCUAAAGUUGCUGUAGUAGAGUCCAAUCAUCAACUUAUUGAUCUCGCUGACAUUGACGAAGAUAUAAAUACUUUUACUUUGAAAGAAAAUGAAAUCCCUGAAUGCUUCCAGAAUUCAGAACAGGUUAAAAUCAAAAUCGGAAACUUCCCUGAGCUUACAGGAGUUCUUUCAAACGUUAAUGACGAAACUGCAGAUUUUACUGUUGAUGGCAAGACAAUCCAAUUAGAUUUGAAUGCCAUAAGAUUUGGUAGCGUUGUGUGCACAAAAGCUUAA